AACAGUUGCUUUGUUGUACCAGCCAGGUUCUGACAAAUCACAGUGAGCUAUUCUACACAAUCAUCUUUUCCCGAAACAGGUUGAUUUAUUUUCUGUCAGAUGCAGUUGUAGCCCACUGCUUGGGAAUACAUUCUUAGCGACAAUGUGGGUCGCCACCGUUCGGCUAUUUCAAGGAAUAUUGAUUUGAAACAGACGGAAACUCGGGGCCAUUGGACUCCCAUAAAGAGUUUGCAACCCCACGUUGUUCAGAAUAUUGAACAGUAGCCUACACUGCGAAAUGGAUUUGCAUGAAGGAGCCGCAAACGGUCAUUGUGAGGGUGUUUUAGACCUGUCGCGUCGGAAUUUGAACAGUUUGAGCUUGGUCAAUAUCAGCGAGGAGCAAAAGAGGGACACCAAGCAGUUGUAUCUAAGCUUCAAUCGAUUGGCCUCGCUGUCCGGAUCAGUUUGCAUGUUCUCCAACCUCGAGUUUCUGGACAUUAGCAACAACGGACUAUCGGUCAUCUGUGAAGACAUUACUCGGUUAACCAAGCUCAGAACACUAAUAUCCAAGAACAACCGUCUGGACGAAUUCUCGCUGCCUAAGGAGUUUGGAUCUUUGCCGUUGGAGGUGUUGAAUCUAAGUGGCAAUCGAUUUGAGGAGAUGCCAGCGCAGUUCCUGAAGUUGCAGCGGCUACAAUCACUUUCCCUUGGGGGAAACCGAUUACAAAGUAUUCCUGCAGAAAUAGAAAACUUAACCAGUCUGGAGCUUCUGUAUUUGGGUGGUAACCUGAUCACGUCUAUUCCUCCUGAGCUGGCCAACCUGCCCUACCUCAGCUACCUGGUCCUGUGUGACAACCGCAUCCAGGGUGUACCCCCGCAGCUCACCAGGCUCCACUCCCUGCGUUCCCUCAGUCUCCAUAACAACCUGCUGACCUACCUGCCCCGGGAGAUUCUCAGCCUGGUCCACCUGCAGGAGCUCAGUCUCCGUGGCAACCCCCUAGUUGUGCGCUUCGUCAAGGAAAUGACGUAUGACCCUCCGUCGCUGCUGGAGCUGGCGGGACGUACCAUCAAGAGCCGGAACGUUCCAUACUCUCCCUGCGACAUGCCCUGCCACCUGCUGCACUACCUAGACCUGGCCAGCAAGUGCCCCAAUCCUAAGUGUGCCGGUGUGUACUUUGACUCAUGCGUGCGCCACAUCAAGUUUGUGGACUUCUGUGGGAAGUACCGGCUGCCCCUCAUGCACUACCUGUGCUCCCCAGAAUGCACCUCACCCUGCAGCUCCAACCCCCAGAGUGACGCAGAGUCAGAGGAUGAGAUCAGCGUGCCCGCUGACCGCCUGCAGAAGGAAGUCGAUCUAGGUUGGCAGAGUGUGUAUGGACACCUCACAGCACAAUACACACAUUUACUGUGAAAGGAGAAGACCUAACUUAUCUGACAAGAUGCAAUGAAAGUUGAUAUUUCCAGCCCUGGGUUUUCUCUAAAUAUAGACUGUUCUAGAUGUAUUUUGAUCUGUGUGGGAACAUUUACACAAUGUCCCCAGAAGGUACAUGUUCAAGGUGAACAGGUACUACAGUAGUUGGCCUUUAAGACAUUAUUAAGACUAAAAAUGCUGGUCUAUUGUUACAAUACUAUGAAGAAGUGAAAUUAAAUGGAAGGAACAGCAACAAAAAAACUACUUUUUGAACCCUGAAAUAUGUGACAAUUCACCAUUUGAGUUUGUCUUUUGUUUCCUGGAAGUGAUUUUCUAUUCGUGAUCCUAAACCAAUGUGAAAAAAUCAUAUUUCUUUUGUAGCCUGUACUGCGCUUAUACAAAUCCAUCAUUCCACUGUCUGACACACAUUGGCUCACACUAAUACAGUGCUUUUAUUGAAGAUGACUUAUGGAAUAUAAUAUAGUACUCAUACAGGUUGACGAUCUGUACUAAAGUAUGUGCACUUUUCCCCUUUAAUAUAGACUGUACAGUAUAUAAAAUCACUAAUAAAGUUUGAUUUGAAUAUGUAAAA